AUGAAGAAAUCAAGAUUUGUCUUCCUUUUGGUUGUAAUAUUAGUCCUCUAUGUCUCACUCGUUUCUUCAGAAACGAAAUUGGGUUUGGAGGAUUAUAACUUUCCGGUGGAUCCAUCUCCAACAACAAAAGCUUCGAUAAAACCAGGUCCUAUUGAACAUGGAAGCCCUCUUAAUCCUUAUAUACCUAAGCCUCCUUCUUCUUCUCCUCCACCACAAGCUCAAGAAGGUGGAUAA